AUGGCCGACUCUCUGACCGAGGAACAAGUCUCCGAGUUCAAGGAGGCGUUCUCCCUCUUUGACAAGGACGGUGAUGGUCAAAUCACCACAAAGGAGUUGGGCACUGUCAUGCGAUCGCUUGGCCAGAACCCCUCCGAGUCUGAGCUGCAGGACAUGAUUAACGAGGUUGACGCCGAUAACAAUGGCACCAUCGACUUCCCCGAGUUCUUGACCAUGAUGGCCCGCAAGAUGAAAGACACCGACUCCGAGGAGGAGAUCCGUGAAGCAUUCAAGGUUUUCGACCGCGAUAACAACGGCUUCAUCUCCGCUGCCGAGCUGCGUCAUGUCAUGACCUCGAUCGGCGAGAAGCUGACCGACGACGAGGUGGAUGAGAUGAUCCGCGAGGCUGACCAGGAUGGCGACGGCCGCAUUGACUACAACGAGUUCGUCCAGCUCAUGAUGCAAAAGUAA